GUAAGCUUGUCACUCGAGUCAUGGCGGAAGGGGUUUGAAGAUGACAGCGCAAGCCCUCGACGUGUCCUGCUGUUAGCGGGUCCGUCUGUGGCUCUGUGCUGCCUUCUCUCAUGCUGAGCCACCAACAUGACAACUGCCUGAUGCUUGGUUCAACUUUUGAUGUAGUGCGAGUCCUCGGAUUUUCAGCCGCUGCUGCCCCAUUAUCGGUUUGAGGGUUGGAGGAGUGUGCUUCGUAGGACGAGUGAUCAAAACCGAGAGAGUAUUUUAGGUGGCUGCACCGCCCGAAACAGCCGCUCGCGGCGCUCGGCAUAGCCAUCGCUUUACCUCCGUAGUCCGUACAGCUUAAAUCCCCGCAAUGUUCCAUCCCGCAACCCUCGAGGUUCUCUCCUUCAGGGCAAGUGUGUGCUCCCCAUCAACUCGACUAAUUACGCCAGUGUGUCCGUCGCCGGCGCCCAAACUUGCGAAAUGAUCCGUAACCCGACCCAUCAUCGCAUGCUGCAAUUGGCAGUAUUUGCUUGGCUGGCACUCGAAGUGUCUGCUCGAGGCGGAGGCGGAAGCACAGGCGGUGGAAGUUUCGGCGGGUCCGGGUCAUCCUCAGGGAGCGGGUCUGGGUCCGGAAGUGGGACCGGAGGCGGAACCAACUCCGACGAUGGAUCCUACCCCGGCUAUUGGCCCGGAAGCGGCAGUAGUGGAAACCGGUUCAGCGGGUCCCGAACCGGAGCCGGGUUCGAUGUCGAGAGCGCGCUGAACUACCGACGCAUCCACGGCAUCCUCGCCGCGCUGGCCAUGGUCCUGCUCUUCCCCAUCGGCUCCAUCCUGCUGCGUGUGCUCCCCGGCCGCAUCGGCUUCUGGGCGCACGCCCUUUUCCAAGCGGUCGCUCUCUGCGUGUAUAUUGCGGCAGCUGCGCUGGGAAUCUACUUGGUUCGGCUCGUUCAAAUCCCGGGAUUUGGAAGCUUGCUGGACAAUUCUUCGACGAAUUACCACCCCGUCAUCGGGCUCGUUCUCCUCGUGAUGUUCUUUAUUCAACCUGUGAUUGGAGUUAUUCACCACAAGGUGUAUAAGAGACUGCAGAGGCGCCAAAUCUGGUCCUAUCUGCAUCUCGCCAACGGGCGUGUCGGCAUCACCCUUGGCAUCAUCAACGGUGGGCUGGGGCUACACCUCGCCGGCGCUUCGGACUACCGCAAGAGGGUGUAUGCCAUUGUCGCUGCUAUCAUGUGGGCUCUUUGGAUGGGUGUUGCUGUCUGGGCUGAGCUCAGGAGAGCAUGGAGAAGCCGGCAGGCUACCAAGUCCACGGGUCCAGUAGUGACCAAAUUCCCUGGUGGCGAGCGAAGAGAUAGUGAGGACUAGGAUGAACGUUACUUGAAUGCUUGUUCUCCGGGUGUCCGGGAGGACGGGGUAGAGAGCGAACAGCUGAGCGUUGUUUCUAUUGAAAAUAUGAACAGAAAUUGCAUCAUGUAGCGAGUGGUUCCCUAGAUCACAAUAUACCUGACUUGUUG